AUGAAAGUUGAUAGAAGUUCUUCAUUCAUGCAGUCAAAGACUCAGACUGCAUCGAUUAAGAAAACCAAUGCUACCACAAGUGCUACUGUGGACAAGGAUAUAACUAUUGCUACAAGGUCUCGUGUGAAACGUCGAUUUGAGACUAAUUUACAUGAGGUUGAUAUCACUGAACAUAAAGAAGCCACUCUUUUUAAAAGAUAUUCACCAAAAUUAAAAAGAGCAAUGCUCAAUCCUGUUGAAGUAGCCAGUGUCCUAUGCUCCAAUAGUAUUAUAGAUGAGACUACUCGUAAUAGGAUUACACAGCGUCAUCAUGGUUCUGACUUGGUAGAUGCUAUUGAAGCUUAUGUGUUUAGUCUACCAAAUAAUAAAGAUCUUGUACAAAAAUUUGAAAGAGUUUUAAACAUUUUAAAGCAGUACAUUCCUUUAGAUUCUAUUGUAGAAUCUCUUGAGAGUGAUUAUUAUGGUAGUGAUUUGCUUUCAUCAGAGCAGAUGGAGCAUAGCCACAAGAAAGUAAAGAUGGUACCACAUCAUACUGAAUCUAUUUCAGAAGGUAGUUUACUAGAUUCACUAGAACAAGAUGUUGAAACUUCUGAAAUAUGUCCACAGCCACAGGAUAUUAAAACAUCUACUCCUUCAGCAAAAAGUUUCAUGCAAGAAACUAUUGAUCAGUGUGAUGCUGAUCCUCAUAUUAAGCAGUUGAAAAAUGCUCUUCAAGUUUAUGCAUCUGAUCUCAGUGAAUCUGGGCUUGAUACUCAAGCAACCCUUGAUCGCAUCAAAGCACGGAUUGAAAGUCAUAUCAAGAAGAAAUUGGAAGAUGGUUUAUCUAAGGACACAUUGACCAAGCAAUUGAACAAUCUUACAAUGAAUGCUCUCAUUCCAAUGGAUAUCAAUGACUGGUGCUAUGACAGACUGGAUGAGCUUUACAAGGAGCAUAAUGAAAAAAUAUCCAACUUGAAGGAUUCAUCUAGUCAUUCUAGUGAUGAUCUUGAAGAUGUGCCACUGCCACCAAUUUUUUCUACAGAUGUGGUUUAUCAUGCUAGUCUUUGUAAUUUAGUCAUUUCUAAAGCUAAUACUUUAGAAGUGAGACAGCCACUAGAUCAUUACUUGUCAGAGUUUGGUCAUUCUUUUGAGAAAGCAUCUUUGUCCAAUGAUAUGAAUAUUUUAAUUGCUCUUCAAGAAAAUAUUAUCUACAUUGCAUUUAGAGGUAAUGUGGAUUUGCCAUUGCGUUAUUUUUGUGAGUUGUUGCAUCAAAACAAAAGAUUAGUAUUUACAGGUUUUUCAGAUGGAAUGCUGCCUGCUGUGUCAUUCUUAGUCCAGCUAUGGAAUUUACCUUAUUUUAGUGCAAAGAUUUUGCUUCAAAAUGUGGCCUGCAUUUUAUUUGGAUUUCCGGGAGAUAACUUAUCAAUUAUUCUAAGCCGACUUCGAGAGUCCUUGGAUUAUUUAAAAGCAUUUCAUGUAUUUUUAUUGGAUAUUAUUGAUUUUAAGCCUUGUUCAUUGCGACCUUAUCGAACUAGACGUCGGGAGUUAUUACACCUUUAUCAGAUGUUUAAAGAAAGCUUAUACCUGAUUCAGAAAAAAAAAGAUGGACUAAAGUGUACUAAAUCACCAAGUUUAGAUUCUGUAACCUUUAAUCCAUCUUCACAGUGUGACAUGCAAGCAUAUUAUCAAUAUGUGCUUCGGGGCUAUCUUGAUAAAGAGCAGUACUGUAUUCCAUCUCGCAAAAGUUUAGCUGCUGGCUCUGUGGAAUCACUAGUGCCAUCAAUUUCAAAAAUUGAGCUUUGUCAACACAAACACCCUGGUGGGAAUGAGCUAUCAAUUGUUAUCAAUGGUGAUAAUCUUUGGUUUUGCUCUGAAAUUGAAGUUAAUUUUUCCAAUUUUAAUGCUCUGAUUGAAACAUCUGUUGAGAGUGUUGCUCAGAAACAGAUAUGUUAUAAUCAGCUUCUUAAUCAUGAAUGUUUUUUUGAAGAUAGAAGUACAACUUCUCAAAUCAGAGUUCAUAGCAGAUUUUCGAAUCCUCUCAAAAGUGAUGUUCCAAUCAUUUACAAUGAACCAGAUUUCAUUUCAUUUCGUCAAAGUCAACUAGCUAAGCAGACACCAAGCCAAAUCAUUCAAUUAUCGUUCCUCAGUGCUCUACUUGAACAAUCUCCUUCUGUUAGUUCUGGUAGACCGACCAAAAGAUUUAAACAAAUAAUUAGAUUUCUACAAGAAGCCUCUACUAUUGUUCCCAUGGAAAGUGCAAUUUUUGCUGUAGCUAGUUGUGAUACUCCAAGUUCUUCUGCAAAGAUUAGACAAGCUAUUGUUAAUGCUGCUCAUGUGUCUUCAAUCCCUGUCUCAAAAAUGAUGAUCUCUGGAGCUAUUGAAGCAUAUGAUAAAGGUGCAUUGCCCAGAUUUCUUCAAUUAGAUCAACUAAGCAUGCAUAGAAUGUAUGGUGAUUUUGAUGGUGUAGAAAAACCACAUUUAAGAACUAGAGUUUUGAAGCAUCUUCACUCUUUUGAUCAAGAUAAAAACUUUUUACAACCACAUGUACUGAAGCCAUUGCGACGAAGCCAAAAGAGGCGUGAAAAAGUGAGAUCUUCACAGAGCAGUGCCUUAUCUGUGCAAGAUAGGGUUUUGUCAGUUUUCUUAACACCUCAUGACUGUUGUUUGUCAUAUUUUGAACGUUUUCAAAAAAUAUGUGAAGCUCUACAGAGAGGGCCUUUUCCUCCUGAUCUCAAAUUAAUUUGUGGGAGGAACAUCGGCGAGUUAUAUCCAAUAUCAAAAGCUGUUUCUUCUCCUUCAGAUUCUGAUGCUCUAACACCAUUAUCACAAGUUCUACAAAAUGCCAGAACUCGCCUUGCGACCCUUUCUAGCUCACAUAAAACAGCUACUCUCGGUAUUGCAGCAGUAAACAGUAGCAUGCUUCAGGAAGUCAACAAAAUUAUUCAUGAGUAUCUAACUCCCUGUGUCACAAUGCUAGGGGGUUUUAUGGAACAACAAAUUAGAGUUCCUUUAGUUAAUAGUCCUCUCGAUACUGCAAAAGCUCUUAGAACAGCAGAAAAUUCUGGUGCAAUUGGCGUUUGGGCAUUGUUUUCACUUAAUAAUGAUGACAUUAAGUACAUAUUAUCAUCAAGAAAAAAUGAAGCCUUCAUUAUUCAAAUUACAAAGUUUAUCGAAGGUACACUUAGUGAAGAUAUCAAAAGAAAACGUCAUGAUGCUGAGCCAACAAGCUACGAUGCAAAACUGCAGUUUCUAUUAGAGCUAGGACUAAACAGAACAAUCACAUGCAGCAAUGAUUACAUCAGCUAUUCACUGGAGAGAGAAUUGGACACUCUUGUUCCUGAUGCCUACCGUCCUCUUCUAGCUCGUUGGUUGAUUUGGUCCUUAAAUAUUCAUCAGUUACGAGAAGGAUUAGCUAGUUAUACUACAGUUGGUGUGAUAGGGCUUGUUAAUUCUGGGAAAUCAACACUUGUUAAUAAAAUUUUUAAUGUUGAGACUGUACAAGGCACAAGUCAAGGAGCUCGUACUACAGUCCCUUUUAUAUAUAAUUUAGACUCAUCGGUGGAAGGAUUGAGUGUUAUUGAUUUCCCUGGAGUUGAUGAUAGAGAUGAGUCUAUUGGUGAUCUAGCUAAGUUACUUGUGGGCCUUGCACAAAUUGUCAUUUUUGUCUGUGGAUAUGAGAGGUUUCAUACUAGCUCUGCUAUGGAUUGGAUGAAGAUUUUUAAAAAAGAUUUUGCUGAUACUCCAAUUCUUGUUUGCCUGACCCAUGCUGACAGACUCUAUGAGAACAGUUGUGAAAAGGAUAUGAUUCCAGAAUGUCCAAUGAGAAAAAUUCCAGGACUGAAAAUGCAGUUUCAAGAUGAAUUAAAGAAAAUUAUUGGUGAUACUGUGAGAACACGAAAGUGUCUUAUCAAAUUUUGUUCCUUAACACAAACCAGGCAUUCUCCAUUAAAUGAUGACAGAGGUCGUCAGUCAAUGAGGAAAGUUGGUAUAUUCACUCCAGAAGAUAUUGGAGAUCUUGCAAUAUCAGCAUCUAAUGCUGCCAGAUCACGUCUGAAUCCAACCUCAGUACUAGUAGUCCAGCCACUACAUGAUUGUGUAUUAGUACAAUCUCCUGAUGAUAAUGAGGCUUGA